ACAUCCGCUUGUGAGGCUCACUGGCCAUGUUGUGUCAAAGAUGGCGAUUUCAAAGUUACCAUCAGCAGCCCUUUCUCUCAAACAGUUUUUACAGAGGCAGAAGGUUUUGGGGAUAUACAGACACAUGCUGAGGACCAUACAGCAGGUACCAGAUGAGGCAGACAGGAAGUACCUCAGGGACUGGGCAAGAGAUGAGUUCAAGAGGAAUAAGAACGCCACAGACCAGGAUGCCAUCCGUAUGAUGAUCACACAAGCUAACAACCAUCUGGAGGAGCUGCAGAAGUCGCUGGCAUUGGCCAGAAGUUAAUGACACUGAGCUGCUGGGAAUCCCUGCUGUGGACUUAUCUGUACUGGUUCUCAGUGAAAACCAUUGUGUGGUCUUUAUUGAAAAGACAACAAUGAGGGGUUUCCCUGUCUCCAUGGGUAACAUGGAGACAGGGAAACCCCUCACGGUUGUGACUCAUGUUUAAAACUAACCAACAUGUAUGAGCAAACAGUCACUUCAUCAAAUGUAUGGUAGAAAGUAGUGCUGCAACACAACUUUGAGCUUUCUUCAUGCAACAUUUUCUUACUCAAUUCAUCUUUAAUGCCAGGAUCGUCCUUUACAAGCCAACAUGAUUGGCAGGGGGCAUUCUGGGAGACCAGAUUAUAGGUAGUCAACUAUUUAUGAUCAGAAUUUGGCUUGUUGUCAGCUGUAGUGAGAGAUCCUCAGCUAGUUUAGCCACAAACAGCAAGAAUCGACACAUCCUUAUGAUUACAAAAGGUCAUGGUUUUCUUUCAAAAGCCAGUCUGCAGUGUUGCAGCACAUUUUACUGUCACUUUUAGUGCAUUGUAAACACUUCCCCUCUCACACUUACUAAGACCCUAGAGUUAAUAUAUGGUUACUAUCCAUUACACAUUUUAACUGUUGAGUUUCUACAGAAACCUCCAGAAAUAUGAUGUGGUUGGUGGUAGUAAGUUAAAGUAGAUCACAGGUUUGUAAUGUCAAAACUAUGGAGUCUGGAGUGUGCUGUGGAAAUUGAAUAAUAAUGCACUUUUACAGUGUUUAAUUGUAAUCAAUUAAAGUUGUCCCUUUUUGCAGUCAAAAUAAUGUUUAUAUAUAUGUAUAUGGAUGUCUCUAUAUAUAUAUGUAUGUCUAUAUAUAUACG